GAAAGCAAUUUUGAGAGAGUCUCGUGGCAAAACAAACAUUUUCAUGUGAGAAAAUUAAUAAAAAUUUGGAAUUUUGGACGAUGACGAGUGCUAAAAAUUGUAAAAUGUACGAAAAUAAAGUCAUCCUAGCGCCGAUGGUGCGGAUAGGGACACUGCCGACGCGCGUCCUGAGCUUACGUUACGGAGCCGACUUGGUUUAUACUGAAGAAUUGAUCGAUUUUAAGCUCCUGAAGUGCAUUCGUCGUCAAAACGAGGCCCUCAACACGAUCGAUUACGUGGAAACGACUGACGGCUCCUUAGUCCUUCGAAUUUGCCCGGAAGAACAAUCCCGUUUAAUUGUCCAGAUGGGCACCGCUUGCGCCGAACGUGCCUUAAAAGUCGCCAAAAUGCUCGAAAAUGACGUUGCUGGCAUCGACAUCAACAUGGGUUGCCCCAAAGAAUUUUCCGUGAAAGGCGGCAUGGGCGUCGCUCUCUUCUACAACCUAGAAAAUGCGAAAAAAAUCCUCAAAACUCUCGUGGAAAACUGCAAAAUUCCAAUUACCUGCAAGAUUCGCGUCAAACCCGAUAAAGAUGAAACCAUCGCCGCUGCCAAACAACUCGAAGCCACGGGAAUCAGCGCGAUCGGGGUGCAUGGCAGAACGAGAGAUGAGCGACCACGACAUCCGUGCAACCGAGAUUUCAUCAAAUGCGUCGCUGAAGCGUUGGAAAUUCCCGUCAUCGCCAAUGGUGGAAGUGCUGAAAUCAAAAAUUACGAAGAUUUGAUGGCUUUUCGGGCUGCCACGGGAGCUUCUAGUGUCAUGAUCGCUCGCAGUGCCCAAUGGAAUUGUUCGGUUUUCCGCAAAGAAGGUCCCUUGCCCAUUGAUGACGUCAUCCGGGAAUAUCUGAAACUCGCGAUUCAGUACGAUAACCCCGUGGGAAAUACAAAAUUUAAUAUUCAAAAUAUUUUGCGAGACGUUCAAGAGACGGAAAUGGGUCAGAAAUUCCUCGCAGCGCAAAGUAUCGAAGAAAUGUGCGAAAUUUGGGGUUUAUUGGACUUUUACAAGGACGCACAGAGCAAAAAAACUCAUUUAGAUUCGGCAAUAAGGAGAGAAUGCAUCGUUGAUCAGCCAAAUAAGAAGCAAAAGUUAGAUUCGAGCAACGAUGAGAACAUAAUUACGCAUAAAAUUCGGUAUCUAAAGUCGAAAUACAAGGAAAAUGAAAGUCCUAAACAGACAUUGAACCAGCAUUCGACGAAAUUGAAGAUGCCGUUGCCAAAGUACGAAAUAAUAAAUCAGGGAAAGCUCUUUCAAGCCGUUGUGACAUUCGAAAAUGAGAAAUUUUCGAGCACGUAUUUCGAAGUUAGUAAAAGAUUUGCGGAACAAAGUGCGGCUUUGGUGUGUCUUUAUAGCAAGGGGUUCGUGACGGAAGAGCAAUUAAUAAAAGAUGGGAUUUUAUUGAGCUAA